AGACACCAGGAGUGACCAGACAUUCAUGACCAGCAGGACACCAGAAGAGGCCAUACUGGUGCUAGUGGAUUCAAGCUCCUCCAUAAAUGAGACAUGCUAUGAUUCCGAUGACAAAAUAACACGGUUGGAUGCUGUUAAACAGCUCUUCGAUAACUUCGCAACUAGAAGCAUGGCGUACAAUUUUCAUCAUGUCAUUGGCUUGGUGAAGUUUGACUCAUCAGUUAAAACUCUCCACACAUUUACAGAGAAUCUGGAGACCUUUAAGGAACACGUACACAAUCUGGAGGCCAAUGGAUGCACUGUGCUGUAUGAUGCCUUGAAACGUGGCAUGUCUCAACUGAAACAAGUUGGAGAGCAAUUUCCAGACUGCAGACUUCGCAUCAUAUGUCUCACAGAUGGGAAUGAUGAUGGGUCAAUGACUGAACCAGAUGCUGUCACAACCAAACUGAUGAGCCUGAACAUUGUUGUUGAUGCCAUCGUUGUUGGAAAGGUGGACAACAACGUUCUGCGUGGAAUCAGCAAUGCAACAGGAGGGUGUUGUUUUAAACCAGAGACGAGUAAAGCUGGUCUGAAGCUCUUUGAAAUGGAAACCGUUCUGUCUUUGGAGAUGAGGAAGCUGAAGAAGAAAUUGGACCCAUCCUACAUUAAGAGCGAGAGCAUUCUAGUUGCUCUCUUCGCCAACCAAGGUUAUGACGAGAAGCCAGAGGUUGCUCUGCCAAGUCAACUAAACGAUAAAGUGACCUUAACAGAGAACUCAUUGAAAAAGAACAUAAAGAAAUCCAAGAGCAGCUGCUUUUUGGAGAAGGACAAACGCAUUCUAAAAGAGCUGAAGAGCCUGCACUGUGACCCACAYCCAUUCUGCACUGUUUUGCCGUCAGAGUCAGACUUUACGUUUUGGAAGAUUCUCAUGCAAGGCCCUCCUGAUACACCUUAUGAGGAUGGAGUCUUUGAGCUGUACUGUCAGUUUGGGGCUGACUACCCCGUCAAACCUCCACUUGUGCGCUUUGUCACACCUGUGUACCACUGUAACAUAAACAGUGUGGGUCGUAUCUGUCACAACAUAUUUGACCGCAGCUACAACGCUCACAUAACCAUGAGAGAGAUCUUGGAUGCUGUAUAUGGACUGCUCAUUGUCCCUGAACCUGAUGAUCCACUGGACAGUAUUCUGGCAGAGGAAUACCUGACCAGCAGAGAAAAGUAUGAAGAAGAGGCCAAGAAGAACACAGAGGAAGUUGCAGGCCAAUCAAUGGAUGACAUGGAGAAGAAAUUGGUGGGUGAAGAGUUGACUGAGAAGUUUAUUCCUCAACAUCUGAUUUGUCCACUAACCAAAAAGAUGUUUGUUGAUCCAGUGAUAACCAAAUAUGGAACAAUCUAUGAGCGAAAUGCGAUUGAUAAUCAUAUAAAAACGUACAGGAUUGCGACUGAUCCAAAAACAAAAAAAUUCCUUAGAAGAACUGACUACAAGCCAUACCCAGACAUGAAAAGAAUGGCAAAGAACUAUCGCGAACAGCAAAUUCAGGAAAAUAGUGAUUAAAACACAAUAUGAUAGCCAAAACGUGUGUUCAAAUAAUGUUAAUGAUGGUGAUGGAAGUGGUACCCAUUGGGUUAUUGAAGUAUGAUAAAAUGUAGAUGUUAUUCAUUGAUUUCUGUACUGACACUUUCUAGAGGGCUUUUAUUUUCUGAGGGGUAUCUACACACUUUAUGUGUAGCUAAGAUGUAUAUCAGUGGUCAUUUCCUGUUAAACUCUGCUAUCAAUCAGUAUCAUUUUUUUUAUCUAUCUUGAUAGAGUGAUGUGGGUUACUUUUAUAUGCUGUGAAGGAAAUUCAAUGAUGUAUGAGAUUAGUCGAAGGCCCACAAUGAUGGUGGUGUUUUUUUUCAGUAGUUUACUUUAAUGAAACUUAACACAAUGAUUUAAAUAAUUAUUUGAUAUAAGAUAAUAAUUUGUAUAGUUUAUUAUCCUAUUAUUGAAGUAUUUCUGAUUGUAUUUCUGAUUGUUCAGUUAUCAAAUAUUCACAAUAUGCCCUGUCAGUUGAAGUUGUAUGUCAACCUUGCCACAGUACUUUGACUAAGACUGACACAGUUGUUGGUUUAGUGCAGCGGCUCUCAACCUUUUUUGGUUACUGAACCCCAAUCACAUUUUGCUCUGCCAAGUGCAGGGCUCUGCCAAAGUACCCCCCCCCCCCCCCCUUUUUUUUUAUGUUCUGCCGCUUGGUGGCGCUGUGUGGCAACUAUAUCACUUCAUGGCCAUUUACCAGAGUUCUCUGUUAAUAUGUGAGACAAUUAGUUGUGGAAAAAGUACCCAAUUGU